CUCACACUUCUGUGUUACGAGCCUGUGGUGGCCACCUUAAAGAUAAUCACCAAAUUCUGCCUUAUUGACUGAGGGACAGUGCCUGAAAAAGGGUAUAUAUCCCAGCAUGGGCUUGAGCAGCUUAAAAUUGCUGAAAUAUGUCCUGUUUUUCUUCAACUUGCUCUUUUGGGUCUUUGGCUGUUGCAUUUUGGGCUUUGGAAUCUACCUCCUGGUCCACAACACCUUUGGAGUGCUCUUCCAUAAACUCCCCUUCCUGACGCUGGGCAAUGUUUUUGUCAUCGUGGGCUCCAUUAUCAUGGUGGUUGCUUUCCUGGGAUGCAUGGGCUCAAUCAAGGAGAAUAAGUGCCUGCUUAUGUCGUUCUUUGUUCUGCUGCUGAUUAUUCUCCUUGCUGAAGUGACCUUGGCCAUCCUGCUCUUUGUGUAUGAGCAAAAGCUGAAUGAGUAUGUGACUGAGGGGUUGACUGACAGCAUUAAACGUUAUCACUCGGACAACAGCACCAAGGCAGCAUGGGACUCCAUCCAGCCAUUUUUACAUUGCUGUGGUGUAAACAGCACAAGUGAUUGGACCAGUGGCCCACCAGCAUCCUGCCCAAAAGAUCCAGACAUUCAGGGUUGCCACAUGAAAGCAAAACAGUGGUUUCACUCCAAUUUCUUGUAUAUUGGAAUCAUUACCAUCUGUGUAUGUGUGAUACAGGUACUGGGGAUGUCCUUUGCACUGACACUGAACUGCCAGAUUGAUAAAACCAGCCAGGCCUUGGGGCUGUGAUUUGCAACUCCCUGUACUGAAGAGACUUAUUUCACCUAUGGGAAUCCAAAGCACCUAAUAGCAUGAAGCCCCAAAUGAUUACCUGCCAGACCGGCAUUUUUGUCUUUCUCUCAUCUCUUCCCUGAUUGGUUCCCUGUCUUAUAAACCCAGAGAAGACGGUAUUUGCGAGGUACUUCCCAUCUCAAGCUGCAGUCAACCAUUCACGCACUGAUUGCAGUAGCACACCCCUCAAGGUGGUGAAACACUCCUGGGUGGUUUUUAGACACAAGAAGUCAAGAGAACCUGUGACACUCGUAGCUUGAAAUCAGAGGACAGGUUAGGCAGGGAACGCAUCUCAGAGCACUGGCUUACCAUGUAUGAGCUCCUGGAUUUAACUCCAAGUACUACAAAACACAGGUCCAAUAUUUAAAUAUUAGAAUCUUCCAGUUGUCAAAUCUUUCUUCAGCCCUCAAUCAUUACAAGUUCACCCUACAAAGUCACAUAAGAGACAAGCUGAAGGGAGGUCUGGAGCCAGACUCACUGGAUCAUCAUCACAACCUUCUGUUCCCUUUUGACCAUAGGCCUUGGUGAUAGGAAUGACACAAUGCUCUUUCUUCAAAUGGCAAAAUUUUGUUUCAAUUUCUUUGUUAAAAUGCUGUAUUGAUUUGUUUUGUAUCCAUCCAGAAUAGACUAACGGUUCAUAUCCUAACUCUAGUCAACCUUUGAACUACAUAGCCGUAGAACAACCUAGAAGUACUAAUAUCCCUGGUGGGUUAGAUGAUAAUCAUUUUCAGAAGGGUUAUGGUAUUUCUCUGUCAAAGUUUUGUUAAUGUAUUCUUUUAACUCUUUAAUAAAUAAAAUAGCUUGUGAUCUCA